GAAUACCACACUUACCGGGCCAGUAAAUAUGAUAACUAUUCGCCGGUCUCUCUUAAAUUCCGGUUAAAAUAGACCGGGAGAGACCGGAGACCGGAAGCGACCGGACCGGUGAGUCUUUUUGGCAGAUGGCGGGAAAAGAGUUGGUAAGGAUUUCCAUGUCAUCAAAGAUGAGACAGUGCCCUUAUGGGCCAACAAAUACAUUUACAUUCCAAACUCCUAUUGGCCACAUGGCUAUGACAUGCUGUCCUAAAGGAUUACAUACUCUAGGUAUGGCAGGAGAAAUAACAGAUGAAAAUUUCUCACCAAAGCCAAGUCUUGAUGUGUGUUUACUAUCACAACUAUACCAGGACAAUGGCUACAUGUACAAACCUGCAAACCAGUGUCUACAAUGGUUACAGUCGUACUUCCAUAAUAAAGACAACCAUGACAUUGUAAAACCAAAUAUUUGUCAACAUAUUGGAAAAGAAGGAUCUUUCAGAUACAAAGUGUGGUUUACUCUUUUAAAUGAAAUUCCUUUUGGCAAGACUAUCUCGUACAAGUGUUUAGCUGAACUAUGUGGUAAUGCAAAGGCCUGCCGUGCUGUAGGUCAGGCAAUGAGCAACAACCCAGUAAGCUUUGUUAUCCCCUGCCACAGAGUUAUACAGGAAAAUGGAGGGCUUGGUAACUAUUCACAUGGUACCCGGAAUAAGAUGAAAGAAUGGUUGUUAAGACAUGAAGGUGUCCUAAGAUAGAUUAAUACAGGACAACAGUCAAUCACACGAUUUUAUGGACAGCUGUUGUUUUUCUUGAUGUAAUAUUACUGUGAUAGACGUUUGAGUGAGAAAUGUGGAAUGAUGGCAAAUAAAGUGUGAAAGAUAUCCCGGAGAAAUAUAAGAAACUUUAAGACAAUAGUGAAGCUUUAUGUAAGAAAUUUAAGACAGAUUUCAGAUACAGUGACAGAUUUAAGUGAUAAAAAUUAGACACUGUAUGGUGCAAUGAAGUAGUUUAGUGAGUCUUUAAAAUAUCUUUAUAUUAGUGAGAAAUUCAAGACAUUUACAGUUAUAUUGUCUGUAUAUUGUUAAAGUUUUUAAGGGAGAAAUUAAACACAGAUAAUGUGAACAAUUUUGAAGAGAAGGUGAAUAAUUUUUUGACGCAAUAAAAAUGUUAAUACAUUGAAAGACAUAUACAAUGUAUGAAUCUUUUUAUUUUAUGGUUUUGAGUGGGUUACUGAUUUAUCUGUGAAAAGUAUAUUUGAUUAUUUCACUGUGAAAAUUAUCAAAACAUAACUACACUUUUUAAUGUAGAGAAUACUUUUUAAAGAUUUUCCCCAUGUAGUACCUCACUUAUUUAUGUUUAUAAUUCCAACAUAUCCAGGGCUGUUUAGAAUAAAGCUGAAAUUGAUAAAUAAGUUAACCUCAUAUAUACGCAAAACAAUGCACUUUUGAUGACCCCCCCCCCCCCCUAUAUUGGCCCAAACACAUGUUUUCCUUUGAGAAAUGUUGCUAAAAAAAAGUGAGCACUUUUUCGGUGGCGCCCCCCAGGACAAAAGGUACAUGAGGGGGUUGCCAAAAGGGGGAUGUGCCCCCUUCUGUUUGGGGGGGGUUUCAAGGGGGGUGGCAGUCCCCCUCAUCGCCAAGAAAAUUUUGGACUUGUGAGGCUAAAAUGGACCCCAGGUCGAUCAUACGGUAACGUGUAACCAACGCUGAAAAGCCUUUGACUCUAUCACAAUUCAUUGAGAAGUUGCAGCACUUUAAAAUCAAUUUUGAUGGAAAAAUCAAGGCAACAUAGUGAUUUUUGGCAAUUUUGAGAUGUCCCCUCAUUGCCAUGGUAACAGGAAAUUUAAGACUGAGCAUGUCGUUACAAAGGCAAUGGUCCAGUCAACAGUUGUGCCAAGUUUGAUUAGUAUUGAAGCAUUUUUCAUAGUUUCAUAGCAGUUUGAACUUGUAACAGGAGGCUUUUCAAUGAAAACGGCCAUUUUCACAAUAUGCUCAUGAGGGAAAGGGUUAAAUUCUAAGUAUUGGAAUGAACUUGUUGCAAAAAAAAUAAAAUGGCUGGGGUUUUUCUGUAGGACUAGGUUAAACAUACAAAAUGAUUGAUAUUAAAGGUUUACAUUCUGCUUAAAGAAAGUAUGCUAACACAUUGGUUUCAAUUUAUGUUUGAUUGUUUAUGAUUAAAAAGUAUUAUAUGGAUUCUGUUUAAAUGACAACAAUGUCUAGGUACAGUUCAUGUAAAUAAUGUAACACAUUGUAUUUGAAGGUGCACCCCCAUAAUACCAGCUUAUGCAGAAUUCAACAUUCAAACAUGAAAGUUGUGAAAUAUGUAUUAUGUUGGAAAGGUGUACUUAAAUGUUGUUCGAAACAUUGCCAUAGACAUAUUCAUAGGACAAAAAGUCAAAUAGCUUUGAAUUUAAUCUUCUAAAAAAAUCCUUGAAAAUUAAAAAAAAGGUCCUUGAUAAGUCCUAGAAAAGUCCUUAAAUUUUCAAAAUGUCAAAGAGUAGGAACCCUGUUAUGAGAAACUUUUCUGAAAUUGAGGCUACUUUUGGGGAAAACUGAUUGUAAUAUUUAAGUUAAUAAAGGAAAUUUCUUCAAACUUGUUUUUAAGCAUAAAAUAAAAACAAAAUCUUGUGCACUUCAAUAACAGUAUUCUCCUUGGAAUACUGUUUUAUUCUUUAAGCACACUUGAUGAAAUAAAAAUUUUUAUAUUAUACACAACAUACAAAUAUCCUCCAUUUCAUAUACAGUGAAAUAAUCUUAUAUGCCAUAUCUCCUGCAGGAUGACAAAAUCCCCAAUUUUCGACCUUGUUUCCCCAUCUCCUGUCAUGGGACUGAUAUUCCUGAUUUUCAAGAAUCAAACAAUCAAAAAAUUAAAGGAGUAGUUUAAGCAAGAAAAAAAUUUAGAGGUAUUGAUUAGAGGUAUUGCAAACUUAAAUCUAAUUUCUUGAUUAUAAAUUUUUUAAGAUCCUGUAUGUUAUAAUUGAGAUUACAUACCGUAAAAUUCCUAUUAAAAGCCCCCGGGGGCUAAACAUUUUCCAAAAGGGUGGCUAUUAUUACAACACAGUUUUUCCUAAAUCCAAAAAUCAGUGUGAAUACAUUUAGUGUUAGCAAGUGUUGGCAAUAACAAUAAAAAGUGUUUAGAUUCAUACUAUAAAAUAAAAUGGAUUCUGAAUGAUUUGAAUGAAAUUAUGGAUUUACUCAUGAGUUCAGCACUGAUGAGUAGAUUGUUUUUAGCUCACCUGUCACAAUGUGACAGGGUGAGCUUUUGUGAUCGCUUUUCGUCCGGCGUCCGUCGUCCGUCCGUCCGUAAACUUUUGCUUUAAAUGACAUCUCCUCAUAAACCACUGAGCCAAUUUCAUCCAAACUUCACAGGAAUGUCCCUUUGGUGGUCACCUUUAAAAAUUGUUCAAAGAAUUUAAUUCCAUGCAGAACUCUGGUUGCCAUGGCAACCAAAAGAAAAAACUUUCAAUAUCUUCUUUUAAAAAACCAUAAGAGCUAGAGCUUAGAUAUUUGGCAUGAAACAUCUUCUAGUGAGUGUCUACCAAGUUUGUUCAAAUAAAAGCCCUGGGGUCAAAAUUGGCCCCGCCCCUGGGGUCAAAAUUGGCCCCGCCCCUGGGGGUCAUUGAUUUUCCUAUAUGCAUAUAGUAAAAACUUAAAAAAUCUUCUUUUAAAGAACCGUAAGAGCUAGAGCUUAGAUAUUUGGCAUGAAACAUCUUCUAGUGAAUGUCUACCAAGUUUGUUCAAAUAAAAGCCCUGGGGUCAAAAUUGGCCCGACCCAGGGGGUCAUUGAUUUUCCCUAUAUGCAUAUAGUAAAAACUUAAAAAAAUUUCUUUUAAAGAACCCAAAGAGCUAGAGCUAAGAUAUUAAGCAUGAAACAUCUUCUAGUGAGUGUCUACCAAGUUUGUUCAAAUUAAAGCCCUGGGGUCAAAAUUGGCCCCGCCCCGGGGGUCAUUGAUUUUCCCUAUAUGCAUAUAGUAAAAACUUAAAAAAUCUUCUUUUAAAGAACCAUAAGAGCUAGAGCUUAGAUAUUUGGCAUGAAACAUCUUCUAGUGAAUGUCUACCAAGUUUGUUCAAAUAAAAGCCCUGGGGUCAAAAUUGACCCCGCCCCAGGGGGUCAUAGAUUUUCCCUAUAUGCAUAUAGUAAAAACUUAAAAAAUUUUCUUUUAAAGAACCCAAAGAGCUAGAGCUAAGAUAUUUAGCAUGAAACAUCUUCUAAUGAGUGUCUACCAAGUUUGUUCAAAUAAAAGCUCUGGGGUCAAAAUUGGCCCCGCCCCAGGGGGUCAUUGAUUUUCCCUAUAUGCAUAUAGUAAAAACUUAAAAAAUCUUCUUUUAAAGAACUCAAAGAGCUAGAGCUAAGAUAUUUAGCAUGAAACAUGUUCUAAUUGGUGUCUACCAAGUAUGUUCAAAUAAAAGCCCUGGGGUCAAAAAUGGCCCCGCCCGGGGGGGGGGUCAUUGAUUUUCCUUAUAUGUGUAUAGCAAAAACUUAAAAAUCUUCUUUGGAAAAACCCAAAUAGCUAGAGUUUAGAUAUUAAGCAUGAAACAUCUUUAAGUAAAUAUCUACAAAGUUUGUUAAAAUAAACACCCCGGGGGUCAAAACUGGCCCUGCCCCAGGGGUGACAUUGUUUUUAACUAUAUGUGUAUAGUAAAAACUUUAAAAAUCUUCUUUUUAAAAAUGCCAAUGAGCUAGAACUUAGAUGUUUAGCAUGAAACAUCUUCUUAUGGGUGUCUACCAAGUCUGUUCAAAUAAAUAAAUAAAAGCCCUUGGGUAAAAAUUGGCCCGGGGGUGGGGGGCCUAUAUACAGGUGAGCGACCUCAGGGCCAUCAUGGCCUUCUUGUUCUUUAUUAGGGGCGUUUAUUAGGAAUUUUACGUUUUUUUUUUUGUUUUUUUUUAAUGCGUUUAUUUAAGGCCGCCGCAGGAAAGCCCAUAUGGGCGACCGUACACUCAAGUCGGACCAUCCUAGAGCGUCCCGCCGAGAUUUUUACGUUUUUUUUUUUUUUGAUGCGUUUAUUUUAGGUAGCCGCCGGAAAGCCCAUAUGGGCGACUGUACACUCAAGUCGGGUUAUCCUAGAGCGUCCCGCCGAGAUUUUUCGUCAAUUUUUUUCCAGCUUUAUUGGUGGAGGAAGACCCCAGGUGCCCCUCCGGGCAUUAUUUCAGGCACGAGCAGGCACCUGGGUAGAACCACCGACCUUCCGUAAGCCAGCUGGAUGGCUUCCUCACAUGAAAGAUUUUGACCCGAGUGAGGAUCGAACCUACAGUGGUGAGGGACCUGUGAUCUCAAGUCAAUGACUUUAACCACUCGGCCACGGAGGCCCCACUUUUUUACGGUACCACACUUCAGUGAAAUUAUAUGUAUAUAAUUAUGAUUAUAAAACAAUUUUCAAAAAUCACAGAAUAUGUAAAAUAUGUACUGCAGAUAUUUGUACAUAUUAUAUGUAAUCAUUAAAAUAUAUGCAUUCAUUUCUUUUUGAAAAAUUUGACUUAGACUUUAUAGAAAAUAGAUUUUUUAUUACCUCCCUUUAUUAAACCAGACUAAACAUGACCUUCAUUCAUAAAUGACCAUGACAUUCAAGGUCGGAUUUCUAAAUUUUACUUUAUUUUUGCUGAUUUUGUGAUUGCAAUAUGUCCAGCAUCCGUCUGUUCAUUGUCCAUCUGUCCAUAAAUUUUUACUUUAAACCGCUUAGCCUUUGAAAAUUGUUCAAAGAAAUGAAUUCCAUGCAAAACUCUGUUUGCCAUGGCAACAAAAAGAAAAAAAACUUAUAAAAUCUACUUUUAAAAACCCAAAGAGCUACAGCUUAGAUAUUUAGCAUGAAACAUCUUCUAGUGGUUGUCUAGUAAGUUUAUUAUCCCCCGCCGAUGGAAUCGGGAGGGGGAUAUAGUUUUGGCGUUGUCCGUCCGUCCGUCCAUCCGUCCGUCCGAAUUUCGUUUCCAGAGUAGUUCUCUGCAACUACUGGCUGGAAUUCAACGAAACUUUAUGGGAAUCAUCAAUAUCAAGAGGAGAUGCGCAUAUCGUCGGCUUGUUCCGGUCAGACACUUUAACUCAGAGUUAUGGCCCUUGAUUAGUUAUGUAGUAUGCAUAUAGA